GAGCUUUCCCGCCACCAAAUUCACCAAAAAGCCUCUCUUCUCAGUUCUCACUCGAACCUUCCGCGGCCGCCAUUUCUCCAACUCCAUUCGGGCUCAGACCCAGCAAUGUCGACGCACCAAGAAGAUCUCGACCUUCUCCUUUCACUUCAGGACCGAGUUCUCGAAACUCCCCCUGGCUCCCCGUCAAAUUCCCCUUCCGGUUCUCCAGGGCUUCUAUCCGAUGACGAGGGUUCGCCCAGGCGAAGAAGAGAGGGCAAGGCGGCAGAUUUGUCGGUGUUCAAGGACGCCGUACGAGAUUGCCUCGAUUUCGAUGUCAACAAGCUCGCCGAGAAGUCCAAGAAGCUGAAGAAUCACCGGCCUUCGGCGAAGAAAUCCGGCGAAGCGAAUGUAGAGAAGUAUUCCGGAUUAAGAAUCAGUGAUCAACAAGUCACCCUUGCCCAGUUAGCGGAACACUUCUCCGACAUCCGUUUCGUUCGCUUGCCAACGAUUAAGAAUUUAUUGGUAGGGGACAGUAUUUCUGGAUGUUGGGCUACUGUUGGCGUAUUGACCGAGAAGGGACAACCGAGAACUAGCUCCGCGGGCAAAAGCUAUUCGAUAUGGAAAUUGAGCUGUUUAGAUGAGAGCAGUGUUUCUGUUUUCCUGUUUGGUGAUGCUUAUAAGCUUAACUGCAUGGAGAAGGCUGGAACUGUUUUCGCCUUGUUCAACUGUUCUGUAAGGAAAGACAAUAUGGGACAAGGGUUUUCACUGAGUGUUUUCUCUGCCAAUCAAAUACUAAAGAUGGGGACUUCUGUUGAUUAUGGAGUUUGCAAGGGGAAGAGGAAGGAUGGAAUGGCUUGUAGUCUGGUGGUAAAUAAGUAUGUUCACAAAGUACUGAUAAACUCGCGACAAGCGGUCUAUUGCAGAUACCAUAAUGUGGUAAACAUGACUUCUAAAAAUGAUCAUAUCGUAAUGAACCGUCUUGCUCUUACUCACUUUGAUCUUACAUUGUUAUUCUACAGAAAACUGCUGAGAGAUUCUCCACGACACGUACUGAGCUUAAGGGAGGUUCUGAAUUGUAAACUUGCUGCUUCUUUUUUCGGCUGCAGAAAUUUGAGCACAGCCUUCAGAACUCCUUUCAACUCAAGAGGUAUUUACAUUGCCGAUCCUCUAGCAGACUUGAAGAACAUAAAAAAGCCCGCACAGCCAGUUAAGUUAAUGUCUAUAGAAGGGCUCAGAAAGGCUUUGAGCAAAGGAGAAAGAGUGACUACGAACACACACUCGCAGGGAUUGAGAUUUCUAAACGAACUCACAGCUUCAGGAAAACUGAAUCCAAAAACAUCAAGUAAAGUAUCCGGAACAGCAAGCCAACAUACGACCAGCUCGGAGAAAAGGUUAGUCACUACCCAAAUAUUUGUCCCUGUACACCCUUUUGCCCCUCCUUGUUCUGGCCUCUGUUGUGUCUCUGAACAAUAUCAUUCGAUCUUUCGCUUCAGGAAACCACAAAGCAUGAAACCAAAUCCAUCUCAACACGAUGAUGCGAAGCGGACGAAAACUAGCCAGGGGAAAGCUUCCGUCGACAAGGGCAAGCAGGGAACUGCGAAGAUGGUUGAGUUGCAUCUCAUUGACUCGGAUGAAGAAUAGUGAAAGCUGGUAUCAUCACUUCCCUCCAUCCAUUGUCCACUGACAUUUUCUAACUUGUAUGGCUUCUGUACUAUUGAAACUGGGCAGUUUCUAAUUGUACAUUGCUCCAUUAUUCCAUCCAUUUCCCCUCAAUCUCUUUCUUUCUGUAUUUGAAUGGGAAGGCUAGUAGCUUUAGAUGAAGCAAGAAGAACCAUGAAAACCAUCACUUUCGCCCGGUUUCCCUUUGGAGUUUUGGGCUCAAGUCUCAAGUGGGCCCUAAUGUUACAGCUCAUUUGGUCUGUACCAUAGAUGCAAUGUUGGUCCUGAAUCUGAUGAUUCACAUAGAGCCCUCCAACGGGUGAAGAAGAUAAGAAAAAACUGGAGAUGGGAAGUGAGCUUAGCUAGCUAGCUGGGAGAG